AUGAAUGUGAAGAAAUAAGGAAAGCAGGAACUCGAGCCACUUUGAAGGCGGACGAAAGAGUUGCUGCUGAAGGGGGAAGUUUGGCUUGAAUGUUACGGAGACCGCCGCAAGUACAAGAAGAAGAAGAAGAAGAAGAAGAAGAAGAAGAUGCUCAUUAAGGAGUUCCGGGUUGUUCUUCCCAUUUCGGUUGAAGAGUACCAGGUGGCCCAGCUCUACUCAGUGGCUGAAGCCAGUAAGAACGAGACUGGAGGAGGAGAAGGAGUGGAGGUACUGAAGAAUGAGCCCUAUUCGAAGGAGGAUGGAGAGAAGGGGCAGUACACGCAUAAGAUCUACCACUUGCAGAGUAAAGUACCAGGCUUUGUGCGGAUGCUGGCACCGGCAUCGGCUCUGAAAGUCCAUGAGAAGGCCUGGAAUGCUUACCCAUACUGUCGCACAAUUCUCACAAAUGAGUACAUGAAGGACAAUUUUAUGAUCAUGAUUGAGACGUGGCACAAGCCUGACUUCGGUGACCAAGAAAAUGUACAUAAGCUUGAUCCAGACGUAUGGAAGAAGACUGAGGUUGUUUACAUUGAUAUUGCUGACAGGAGUCAGGUAGAAGACAAGGACUACAAACCUGAGGAGGAUCCAGCCACUUUCAAGUCAACGAAGACCGGAAGAGGACCUUUAGGACCUCAGUGGCGAAAAGAGCUUCCUCAGAAGACUGACUGUCCUCACAUGUGUGCCUAUAAACUUGUCACUGUCAAGUUUAAGUGGUUUGGUUUGCAAAACAAAGUGGAAGGCUUCAUCCACAAGCAAGAGAAGCGUUUGUUUACCAACUUCCACAGGCAGCUCUUCUGCUGGAUAGACAGGUGGAUUGACCUGACAAUGGACGACAUUCGACGGAUGGAAGAGGAGACACAAAAGGAACUUGAUAAGAUGCGAGAAAAGGACCCAGUAAAAGGGAUGUCUGCCUCAGAUGAGUAAAGGCCCUGCAGCUGGCACUCUCUAUUGCCCAGUGAGCAGCAGUAUUGUUCGUGUCCCAGGCGGUGCUCGAGAGGAUGCCCUUCCUCUUGAUCCACUCCAUUAUGGUGCCUCCCUCAAGUCCUUCUCCCACAAACACAGAGCUCCUAUACCACCAUAAAAACCUCCUAUAACUGAUUUCUACACUAAUAUAUGUAAUUCUAAUACUGAUUAUUCAUGUUUAUUUUUAAGGUUUACUGCUUUUAUUUUAAAUAUAUAUUUCAUCACCACUGGCAUCCCUCUCCCCCACAUUUUUAUUGAACUGGCAGACAACUAGGUUUUUUUUCUCAUUUUCUUUUUUUUAAUUUUUAAUAAUAAUAAAUUAUUAUUAUUAUUAUUAUUAUUAUUCCCUUGACAAUUUGUAUCAGCACUGACACCACCAUUGUAACACUGUUCUUACACUUGGUUUCUUUAGUUUACCUUUAUUCACUCCUUUCAGCCCCACUGUUGUGUGCUCCUAAGCUGCCUUAGGGGUGACAAAGUCGGUUAUCGUGUGUGUGUGUGUGUGUGUGUGUGUGUGUGUGUGUAGGAGGUGUCAAGCUAAUACUUGAUCCUGAUGACGUGACCCACCACUUUUUACACAUCCGAAAAUGGUCGUUGUAAGCAGUAUGGUGUAAUUGUGUUUACAUGAGGUAACCUCAACCUGAUUGAAUUAUGCAUCCUGGGUUUAAGGGAAUGAGGUUAUUUAGCACUAAACGUGGCUUCGUCUUCAUUGUCACGGUCAGUGCUGCACUCAUUUUGAAUUUGGUCUGAAUGUUUAGAGUUGUCUACUUUGCCUCGAUUUUUAAUCCGGGGCACGUAAACUAGGUUAUUUAUUCACCGGGUAUUUUUACAGUUUGUCAAACUUUCUGGGAUUAUGAAACACUGUGUAGGGCUGACGUUUUUCUACUCUUCUGGAAAUUCUAUCAUGAUUUGAAAUGGAUCAAUAAAAUGACAGACUUA